CCCUGCGCUCCUUUUCGGCUCGGGUUACAGUUGAGCUCGAGCUGCUGCACUUACCGGAACGCAGAGAGUGUUUUUACUCGGUUAAAAAAAUACACCGGCAUGGAAAUGUUCGCGAGCGGAUAUAGAGCCACCGAGCGAGCUGAUGAGCGAGUCUAACCUUCCCUCGGCACUUUUUUUGUGUCCGAGCAGCAACAAACAAGCGUGAGACGUACAGUUUAUUUACGCACCGGCCACGCAUCAUGUCCCACUCGGACUAGAGGCUUCCCUGCUGGAGCGCAACACGCACGCGGAACGGCGCUGAGAGCCGGGAGGAAUAUUUACAAUAGAAACUCAAUUCCUUCGCGGAGAAGAAUAGCAGGGGGAGGAGGAGUGAAAGAUAACACUGGAAUGAAGUGGACCUCGGGAUUCCCAGCGUGCUGCGGAGUUGUGACUGAUGGAUGAAUGUGGCCAUCUGUAGGCUAUAUACAGCGACAGGUACCGACACCAUCAGGGGAGCUCUGACAAAGACACGGCGCAGCGCUUCAUCAGCAGCCGCAUCGCCAAAUUGUGUCCCCCACCCAAAAAAACUGUGGUUAGAUCCGUUUCAUUGCACAUCAGAUCGCAUCGUUGACUUGUCUCUAACAGAGUAAGAAGGUCGCGAAGGGCUGUUUUUGUCUCAGCCACAGGUCAACCAGGACACUCAGGGCUGCUUUGCUCCCAGAUCCUAUCAGAGAACCGGGAGCUUCCUGCACGUCCUGCGGACAGUUCAGUCAAGGACACAGGGGUCUGGGCAGAUUUUUAAUAGGUCGGACAAAAGGACAUGUAUAUGAUAUCGAACUCUCAUGCUCCCGACUGAUCGUUGCUCACCUUCCCACCAGGCGAACCACAGAUAAAGGCUGCCAGACGCACUGUCCGACGCUCUGAGUUCUCGUCUCACUGUCUCUGUACAUUGAUCAGAAUGGCGGGACUCGGUUGUUGGAAGUAUUACCUCUGGAUCUUUAUUUUAAUGUGCAGGUCGGCGUUACCUUCUGCGAAAUCGCUGGAGACUAUAAUAUGGAGCUCGCAGAAUCCCAAGUUUGUGGCUGGAAAAGGCCUGGUGAUCUACCCAGAUAUCGGGGACAAGCUGGACAUCAUCUGUCCCAAAGCGGACCAAGGCAGAGAUUAUGAGUUCUACAAGCUGUACCUGGUGAAGAGGGAGCAGGCGGAGAGCUGCAGUACAGUCCUCGAUCCCAAUGUUCUGGUCAACUGUAACAAGCCAGAGAAGGACAUCAAGUUCACCAUCAAAUUUCAGGAGUUCAGCCCCAACUACAUGGGCCUGGAGUUCAAGAGGAACGUCAACUACUACAUCACCUCAACCUCCAACGGUACAGUCGAGGGCCUGGAGAACCGGGAGGGAGGCGUGUGCAAGAGCCGAGCCAUGAAAGUCAUCAUGAAAGUCGGGCAAGUCCCAAACGCAGCGAACCCCGUGGCACCGGAGGCUCCAGAAGACAACAUCAUACCGGAGUCCAGUCCCAGUCCGCCUGGUCGGAGUGGACCCGAUAUGCCAGGAAACCCUGACACCAUGAAUCAGGGCCCGGCUGGUCCCCCGGGAAACUCCGACGGCAUCCUUAGCUCCAAAGUGGCCAUUUUUUCCGCCAUCGGGGUCGGCUGCAUCAUCUUCCUCCUGCUCAUCCUCCUCCUCGUCAUUCUGCUCAUCAAGAUGCGCAAGCGCUCCAGGAAAAACGCCCACUCGCAGCCCCGCCCCUCUGCGCUGUCACUCAGCACGCUGUCCAAUCCCAAGCUGCCCGGGGGCACGUCUGGCACGGAGCCCAGUGACAUCAUCAUUCCGCUGCGGACAGAGAACAACUACUGCCCUCACUAUGAGAAGGUGAGCGGUGACUAUGGCCACCCCGUCUACAUUGUCCAGGAGAUGCCCCCGCAGAGCCCUGCCAACAUCUACUACAAAGUCUGACACGCUUCGCGCAGCGACACAGUCAGGAACGAGAAAGAGAGGAGCGCUUGAUUAAUGUUCUUGGGAAGAACACUUUCCCUGCAUUUUGGGGACUUGAUGCUUCUUCAAGCCCGUGUUAUUUUUACCACCUGCUGCACAAAUCUGGAGAGACACACACUGACCAGUAACCAGCAGGGUUGUGAGCUGAUUGCUGAGAGAUGUUUAUUCUGUUUGUUUGGGUUGUCUGACAAUCCCCACCUACCUGCCCCUUCUCCUCCUCGCCUCACCUCCCCACCUUCUACAUCUCCCCCACUGUUCUCCGACACGGGGGUGGGGUGGGGGGACUGGAGCGAACCAACAGAUGGAACUCUAGCUUCCUGGUUCGCUGUCCCCUUUAACGGGCAGGAUAUAACUUAUCUCAGUUCCCUGAAGAACAGUCUGUGCUACACCCAAUUAAACACACCAUCCCAGCACACUAGCCAGGAACAGGCAGACACAGGCCCCGGAUGCCACUCAGCCUGCAGUUUGUGUGCAAGCAUAAAAUGUGUGUGUGUGUUUUGCGUGUGUGUUAGUCAGGGCUCCGUGCUGGGCCAGGAAACUCUCCAGAUAGCUCAGGUAUCAGACACAGUGUGUGAAAUAAUGUGUUCCUCUCCCUUCGCACCUCUGAUGUUUGCCUUACUUACUAUUUUUGAUGGAGGAUUUCCUCGAACCCUGAUUCAGUUCACAAAGCAGUUGUAUUUUGUUAGACUUUUCCUACAAGUGCACAAUGUAUAGAGUUGAAUAGAUCAUCAUUAUCACUCCGUCUUCUCACCAUCCAUGUCAUCCAUUACGUUCAUUUUUUUUCCCUGAGAAAGAGAACCUUGACCUGGACUGUUGAUGUCAUAGUGUGUAUGUGUGUGUUUCCUGGAAAACUCCCUUCUCCACUGGUCUGAUAGGAGCUUAACCAUUACUCUGGUAUUUAUGACCUGCUUGUGUGUAUUUGAGGGUGUGUCCUGACUGUGUGUGUGUGUGUGUGUGUGUGUGUGUGUGUGUGUGUGUGUGUGUGUGUGUGUGUGUGUGUGUGUGUGUGUGUGUGUGUGUGUGUGUGUGUUUGGGCAUGUUCGGACCAGUCCUGUAUCUGGGCAGACUUACUGGCUUAAGGGUUGAACACUAAGUUACUGUAUCGUAAGGUUCAAAAACAAGACCGACAGACUGACGCGCCGACAAACAGACAAGCCCAAGAUCUUACAAAACCCCUCCAGCACCCUAGUUGACUGAUUGAAGGUUUUAUUGUCUCUGAUGAGCUUUCGGGGAAAUGGUUUUUAAGACAGCAGGCAGGUUGUAUUUGUUUAUUCUGGAUUCUGGUGCUACGGUAUGAGCAUCAAACAGUUAGUUUGGUGCCUCCUGCCUGGGCGAGGUGGGCGUAGGUUGUGUGGUACAGCACUGACUGGCUGGCCUACAUAGGUAGGAUGCCCUAUAUAUAAGUUGGAUAGCGCGCUAUGGCAGAACAUUGGGAUACAGUAUUGUUAGAUGCCAAUUGGCUGCCAUCUGUGGAUGAGUCAGUGGAGUGCGCAGUCAGUGGCGUCGCCAGCGUGUGACUAAUCUAUGUGCCAUCUCUGUGCCCACACUCACCAGCCGGGGACAAGAGAGAGCAAGAGUGGCGGAUAAAGAAGAAAAUGUUCCUGUGACUUGGCUUUAACCUGAAAGGAAGAUGGCGGUGCGGAUGGGGAUGAUGGGUGAGGUGGGGGGAGUGGGGUGGAGGUAGUUUAGCAUUCAUUUUUCCAUCCUCUCACCAGUUGUGCUGUGAAUAAAAAUGCUGUGCAGAAUAUUCCUCAGUCAAGGUGUUCAGCCAGCGAGGACACUGCAGCUCAGCUAUCACACAGCCCAGGGCAGCGGCACCGAGACAGGAUUUACUGCAGAUGGAUGUGUGCACAUGUGCACAUCAAAGCUCGCUUUUAGGUGAUGGGGAUGGGUGGUGUUUGAAUCUGUCUCUGUGCACAUUUAGGUGUUUUUAUGUGUGAGUGCUUAUUUGUGCUUAUAUUUGCAGUUUUUCUCGGUGUGUAUGAAUGCUUCUGUGGUCGAGCAGCUCAACACAGACUUGUUUUGGGACUGGAAAUAGGUGCUCCAAACAGUGUGGCUGCCAAAGUACGGAGCGCUGCAGUCCCAGUUAAUGAUGUGUGAGAGGAGAGGGGAGCAGAUAAGGACAGCUAUUCCUCAGACACGAGCUGACGUUUGACGCACAUGUGCACACAUACGCACAGACACCGAGACUGACGGGUCCAGGUUUAUCUCCAGUCAAACGGUCAGACUGCCUGUGAAUGUUUAUUUACCAGCAGAGACACCUAUCAUCUGCUGCCACAUACUAUUGCCAUCCACGGAUAUACACUGCUGAGUUAAAAGGCAGCCCAGCUUGAAGACUCUGGGAAGACUCCAGUAGCUUUUGCGUGUCGUUAACCUCCGAGUUAACAACCUAAACAGCUGCUCGUGCUUUUGUGGUCCUGUGUUUUAACUCAGCAUGCAGCCCUCAGUGGCCCUCUGUGAAACACAUUUAGAUCAAAUAUUUUUGUUUCGGAUCGGUGCGCAUCCAUUCACCUCCACCAGCCAAGGGAGUCAUUACCAAAUUACCACAAACCAUAUCUCAUUUUUAUUCAUUCUAGUGACCACUUAAUGUUAUUAAAAUUUUGGGGGGGAGAAAAAAAAACUAAAAGGAGACAACAGAGAAAUGUAAAUAUAUGGAUAGAGCCCAAUUUAAGAUGUAAUUUCACCUGAACACUGCUCAUAAGAAAAAUUUAAGAUUAGAUUUUUGUAAUGGAGGAUGUUUGUAAAUAGCUGUCUUUUUAAAGUGUGUUUUGUAUGAAUCCUUGCAUUUUUGUCUCUGUUUGCAAUAUGUUUUUAUUUUCUUUUCUUUUAGAGUUAAACUAAAUAUUGCAACGGUCACAUGAGCUGCUUUUUUUUUUUUUUUUUACAGCGUCCAGUAUUGUCAAAAAGUCUUUGUUACCACAUGUGUUUAAAAAAAAAAAAAAAAAAAAAAAAAAACUGGGGUUCAGAGUUUUUACAUCGCCAUUCAACAGGAUUGUAGUUGCUCAGAAACCAUUCAGGACCGAAGCUUUGUCAUCGAGCAGCUUUGGAUAGGUCAUUGAAACUCCGAAUGAUAAGGCCCCUUCCCUGUUGGAGACAGCACUUGACUCUGCAUAUGAAGACUGUGUAAUUCCACUGCUUUUGAGUUACCUACACCUUCCAGUCCAUUAUUAGACGUAACAAAAACUUUUUUGGUCCAGAAAGAUUAAUCUUUUCUCAGUUUUAAUAAGUCUAUCGGGCUAUACGAAGAGAGAUGUAGAGCGAGAGGGGGAGAAGAAGGAGAAAACGGGCCACAUAUAGAGUGUGACUGUUCUGCGCUCGCCAUAAAUCAUCCGGUAUACACCACUCAUUAUCUCCCAGGCGGUCCUUUGUUUUAAAGUUGCUCUCUCCCUCCUUUCCUAAUUUAGCACAAGGAUAUUGGUUGCUCAUGGUAUGAGCCUCACUGUAUUUCUGCUAUUGUUCAAAGCCACAGUAUUAUUUUUCAAUGUGCAUGUGUAAGCAAAACCUGUUGAAUUUGUUUCCCUUUGUUUGAAUCAUAACUGUCAAGUUUUGUUAUUUUAUUCUUUUUGCCAUUCACUUCUUUCGCCGCUUCUCAGCGUAACCUAUUGGCACCAGCUACAAUGGAAAUAACGUUCCACCAGUUUGGAAACUACGGCAUAUUGAUAAAUAAAUUUUUUCCCAUGGA